GAGCUUCUGAAUGCUACGACUACUGCCAUGAAAGAAUUGGUGAAGAAACUUUACAACAAGGGACUCACCGACACGAUACAGUAAGAUAUGUUUGUUUCUUUUAAUUUAUUAUAUAAUAUUCUGCGAUCAAAAAGACAUUUAACGAAUAUUUUAACGUGUGAACACAGAAGAAAGUGGAGUCAUUUAAGCACUAAAUUAACACAAAAACGCUCAACGAUGAAAAGACCAAGCUGAUCCCCAUUGCUACCGCUCAAAAGCUAAAAUAUGUUUUAAAAAAUACACAAUUCAAGCACUAGAUUAACACAAAAACGCUCAACGAUGAAAAGACCAAGCUGAUCCCCAUUGCUACCGCUCAAAAGCUAAAAUAUGUUUUAAAAAAUACAUCAAUUCAUUUACUCGUUGAGGUAUGCAGAUUGAGUUUCCUUAAACAGUACGAAACCUGGGUGUCUACUUGGAUAGAGCACUAACUAUUUAAAAUCACAUUAACAUGCUUUGCAAGGCAAUUUUUCUAGAGCUUCGCAGAAUUAAUCAUGUCGGACCUUUAUUAACGUUUGAUGCAACAAAAAGAAUGAUGUCUGCAUUCGUGCUAUCACGCAUGGACUACUGCAAUGCUCUCAUGGUGGGUCUACCAGCUACUCUCAUGGAUAAAAUUCAAAAAGCACAGAAUAAUGCGGCUCGCAUUGUUCUUUUCAAACGCAAAUUUGACCAUGCUUAAACACUUCUGAGAGAGUUGCAUUGGCUGCCGGUCCGCGCUCGCAUAGAGUACAAAAUUGCAACUCUGUGCUGCAGCUGCUUGCAUGCUGGCACCGUCCUAUCUCAAAACGCUCAUGACGACUUAUGUACCUACUAGACAACUCUGCUCAUCUGAUAGUGGCAAACUCUCGAUACCAAUUGUUCACCUUGAGACUUACGAAAGGCGCACUUUCGCUUUGCUGGCCCAGCACUUUGGAACACACGUUCCUGACGCUCUCAGAAGCAGCCAGACCCUGGGGUCUUUCAAAACCGAAUUGAAAACACAUCUAUUUCGCAAACACCUGCUGGGGUGAAGUUGUCUACCAUCUUUUCCAGCUGGCUAUUAUCUCCUAGAUGUAUAGUGGACUGUGUUGUUUAUGUUUGCAAUGUAUGAAAGACCUAGAAUGGGUAUUCUCAUAUGUAGUUUUUGUUGCGUUUUGCAUUUCAAUGUGGUAUAAUAUAGAAUUUUUUCAUUCCUCUUUUAAUAUGGUUGACUUCGUACCGCGCUUCGAGCCUUUGGUGAUUAAGCGUGAGUUUUAAAUAAACUUCAUUAUUAUUAUUAUUAUUAUUAUUAUUAUUAUUAUUAUUAUUAUUAUUAUUAUUAUUAUUAUUAUUAUUAUUAUUAUUAUUAUUAUGUGCGCUAUACAAAUAUAAAAAUCAUGCUUUUGCGAUUAUUUAUUUGAUAUGUUAUGGUAUGUUAUGUAACGCUUCAGUAUUGUGUCCACAACUUCCCACCGCAUUUUUCAAUUUUGAUGUUUGACAUCAAGAUUUAGUUGUUCAGUUGUUUGUUUUAGUAACCGGUAGCGCACUCUACAGUUUAAACAAACAUUUACUUUAGUUUUGAGAGGGUGUUCAUAAAUAGCUUUUAUCUGUAUUAUUUUACAUGCAAGCCGUAACUCGUAGACCGUCAUGUUGUCAGUCACUUAUUUUAUAUCUAAUUUGACAGGUUAACCACUGCAGUAGAUCUCGGUUGGAUCGGCUAUUAUGCUUUCAAUAACACCGUGUUGAUCACUGUUGACCAAUUUCAGCAGCCUCUGUUUGAACCCAGCUUCUCGAAGUGAGUUAGGAGCUUGUAUAUAAAGACUAUGGCAGGAUCAAUUUUAUUGUAUUAUCGUUUAUGGGAGUUUUUUUUGUAUAACUAAUUUGUGUAUUGUUUAUAGUUUUUGGGGAGAAGAGCCGAGUGAAGGAGUGAGAAAGGGCAUUCGCCCAGGGCGGCAACAUCAAAGGGGAGUCAAAAAUCAUCUUUAGGCUAGAUCAGGGAUGGCCAACCUUUACUGCAGGCGGGGGUCAAAGCUCAGAAAUAAUAUUUCACCAAGAGUGUUUACCUAGGAAAUUGUAAAUAUCCUUAUUCAAUAAAUACUUUUAAUUAUGUUCUCCUUUAACAAAGACUUCAUUUCAGUCUUUAUGUCUAUAGAUAGGUUGUUAUGUCUGUGUGGUAAUUUGGCUUAAAUAACGAAUCUCUAGACAGAGUGCCAAGAGGAUUUCUCAUACAAGGGGUUCCCCCUUGCUAGUAAAAUUCACCACAGUCGCUUCGAGGAGGUAAGAUCGUGGCCAAACGCUUGCCAGUAGGUGAGAUCGUUGUCUAACGCUUGGCAGUAGGUGAGAUCGUGGUCAAACAAUUGCCAUUAGGUGAGAUCGUGGUCUAAGGCUCGCCAGUAGGUGAGAUCGUGGUCAAACGCUUGCCUGUUUUAAUAUAAAAAAAACAAGAAAUAGGUACAUAUAUUUUUUUUAAAGUAAAUACAUCAUAACUGAGAAUUAAACAUUUUUUAACGCAAUUUAAAAAUAUUUAAAAGUGAAACAUCUGAAUUUGUUUUGCAGAACAAAGUGCAUCAAAAAUUUCUCGACUGAUGUUGUCGCUACAAGCCAACAGUUUUUCUAAUGAACAUCAGUAAUUCGUGUUCUCACCUAUGAUUUGAUGUGCUCCUUACGACUAAAAAGCUGUUCACAGACAUGAGUGUUUUCAAAUAGCGGAACCAUCAACAGAGCGUGUUUGUAACACGCAGGAUAUUUAUCCUUGUCCAAAUACAUUUUAAUAGAACUAUUCAAAACCAACUUGAUGGAAUUUCUCCUUUAACUGUGUAUCACAACACAUUGCACAAUUUUCUAUUUGUAAUCUUCCUGAUAAUAAAUUCACGUCUACCGCUAAUGGCGUUGCAAAAGCACAAAAAUCACAUUAUUUUUUUUUCAAUCCUGUCAUUGGUUUUCAAAUUCGAAGUUUUAGUCUGAUAUCAAAGAAGUCUAUUUACCCGCCGCCUCCUGUGUGACGUCUGGUUGCAAUGACACUGUAGGAAAGUGAGUCAAUUUUUUUGUCCUCAACCGUUGAAAUGCAGAAUCAUGAUCAUACAACUUAUAAAUUAAUUGAUCUUUCCAUGUACAUGAGUUUUGACGUCAUUUAGUUGGCUAGUUAUAUCGACCAGAAAUUCAAAGUCUGAAACCCACUUUUUGUCUUCAAACUCUGGGACACUUAUGGAAUUGCUUGCAAAAAAAUGGUUUUAUUUCUUGCUGCAAAUCCUACUCUCUUUUCAACAUUUUAGCACGGGUCAGCCAUCUUACUUUUGCAUCAAUUGUAACGUCAUUAUAAUUUUAGUCCAAAGACUUUAGAAAUUCUUGGAACUUAUGGUGAUUCAGCCCGUUCGACUAAAUGAAGAUCAUUAUUUUCACUACCACUUUCAUGACAUGGUCUAUUUUGAAGGAUUACGAACAUAAAUUAUCCGGAUGAAAAAAGCAAUGAAAAUUAAGCAUUAUAGUAUUACUGACAAUGGGGACCUCAUUUUCCAUCAACUUCACUAAGCCUUCCUGUUUUCGAACCAUUGCUGGAGCACCAUCCGUUGAUAAGCCCGAUGAUUUGUUAAGUUGUAACGAAAAGCGAUUCAAUGUCUAUGUAACUGCCUCUAACACAUCUAGAGACUUAGUACUGUCCUUAAGUGGAUACAGUGCCGCUAAUUCGUCUGUAUUUUUAAAAUGAAAAAAAAUUGCCCGUUAGGAAGUAUCUGAUAUAUCUGUGCUUUCAUCCAAUGCUAGAGCAUAAAAUAUAAAAGCGAAUGCUGGACUUUUCAAACUAUCUUCAAUCUUCUAGGAUUUCCCAAUGUCGUCCCCAUAUUUGAAUUUUCACGAAAAUGGGGAAUAGUUAAAAAAAAGCUCAAAACAAAAGAUUUUUUCAAAAAUGCGCGACAUAUUACAAAUAUUUCUUAGCUUUGAUUUAAUAAUAUAUGAUACUAACGACUCAUGAUGUAAUUUUCUUUUGGCGAUAUGUACACUAAAGUUAACAUUUAUGUUCAUUUGACAUUGCUCCGACGCCGCGUGCGGCCCACUAGCCUCAUGUUGGCCACCCUGGGUUAGAUAGCGAAUUAAACCAUGAAAUGUGCAGGCUUUCUUCUACAAAUUGGUUCGAGGGGCGCUCAUUUUCAACAUUCCCCUGGGCGCACUUUUUCCUCUGCUUCGCCCUGAUUGGGGGGUAUUGUAGUAUUGUGUAAAUAAUUGAUAUGAGUAAUAACUAUCAUUAAUCAGAAAAUUUUAAUUUUAAGAAACAAAAGAAAGACCAAUAAUAAAAAAGAUCCUUUUUCAAUUAAUUAUUGACGCUCUAAGCAAGUGGCUUUGGUAAUAAUGUAUAUCGCAAUAAUAACUCCGCAACAAACCUAAUGUCAAAGACGUCACAAAAAGGGUUAAUUCAAAGACGGGACGUCGAUCCUAAUGUAAAGGGCGUCCCAACAAACGUAUAAUCAAGACGUCACAAAAACCUAAUGUCAAAGACGUCACCAAAACCUGUGUCAAAGACGUCAUUAAACCUGUUUCAAAGGCGUCAUAAAACUUGUGCCAAAGACGUUACAAAAACCUGUGUCAAAGACGUCACAAAAACCUGUGUCAAAGACGUCACAAAAACCUGUGUCAAAGACGUCACAAAAACCUGUGUCAAAGACGUCACAAAAACAUGUGUCAAAUACGUCACAAAACCUGUGUCAAAUACGUCAUAAAACCUGUUUCAAAGGCGUCAUAAAACUUGUGCCAAAGACGUUACAAAAACCUGUGUCAAAGACGUCACAAAAACCUGUGUCAAAGACGUCACAAAAACCUGUGUCAAAGACGUCACAAAAACCUGUGUCAAAGACGUCACAAAAACCUGUGUCAAAGACGUCACAAAAACCUGUGUCAAAUACGUCACAAAAACCUGUGUCAAAUACGUCAUAAAACAUGUUUCAAAGGCGUCAUAAAACUUGUGCCAAAGACGUUACAAAAACCUGUGUCAAAGAUGUCACAAAAACCUGUGUCAAAGACAUUACAAAAACCUGUGUCAAAGACGUCAUAAAACCUGUUUCAAAGGCGUCAUAAAACUUGUGCCAAAGACGUCACAAAAACCUGUGUCAAAGACUCACAAAAACCUGUGUCAAAGACGUCACAAAAACCUGUGUCAAAGACGUCACAAAAACCUGUGUCAAAGACGUCACAAAAACCUGUGUCAAAGACGUCACAAAAACCUGUGUCAAAUACGUCACAAUAACCUGUGCCAAAUACGUCAUAAAACAUUUGUCAAAGAAGCAGAAAAAACCUAUUGCUAUGCACGUCAAAAUAAACAUGUAUCAGAACGUACACUUGUAAAUUGUGUAAGGACAUGUACAAUUCAUCAGACCGUACACUUGUAAAUUGUGUAAAGACAUGCACCAUUCAUCAGGCCUUACACUUGUGAAAUGUGUAUGGAUAUCUACUAAACGUCAGGCCGUACACGUGUAAAUUGUGUAUGGAUAUCCACUAAACGUCAGGCCGUACACUUGUAAAUUGUGUAUGGACAUGCACCACUCAUCAGGCCGUACACUUGUAAAUUGUGUAUGGACAUGCACCACUUAUCAGGCCGUACACUUGUAAAUUUUGUAUGGACAUGCACCACUCAUCGAGCAAUACACUUGUAAAUGUGUAUGGACAUUCACCACUUAGCAGGUCGUACACUUGUAAAUUGUCUAUGGACAUGCACCACUCAUCAGGCCGUACACUUGUAAAUUGUGUAUGGACAUACACCACUCAUCUACCGUACACUUGUAAAUUGUGUAUGGACAUUCACGUUCAGUGGAGGAGCGAAGCUGUCGAAGGGGUGAAUAAACGGAAAGAAGUUCGGUUAGAUAGGAAGGACGUCAAUCUGUAAUAGAGCACAGUUAUACCGGUGCCGAAGCAGUGGUGGCACAGAAGGAAAUAGGGGAUCGUAUUUUAUAAAUUUGUUUGUUUUUUUUAUAGGAGAAAUUUUAAUAUUUAUUUUUUCAGAGCGAAGUGGGGGAUUCUUGCAGACCCAUUAAUUUGGAUGUUAGCUAAAGGCUGAAUAAAUGUUUGUGUUUUCUCGGAAUGUAAUACCAAGCUACGCCGGUAUAUCAGCCAGUUUUAAUAAUUUCUAUACCCUUUAAAACAAUAACAUUGUAAUAUUACGCAUAUUUAAAGAUUGAACACUAAGAACUAUUGUUAAUUUCUUCCUUUUUAGGCCAUUCCUUUACGGGGGUCUUGGAUACAUUGUGGGCCAUGAAGUCACUCACGCCUUCGAUAUUGUAAUAAGAGCAUGGGAUGAAAAUGGUCUCCCACUGAUCGAUUGGCCGCCUCGCUCAGAUGAAGAGUAUUUGAAGAGAGCCAAGUGUUUGGCCGACCAGUACAGCUCUCAAACUUUAUAUGGUGCUCAUGUAAGUUGUCAAUCCGAUAGCUUCUCAAAGUGGUGUAUCUUUCUUUUCGUGAAUAAAUAAAAAAAAAAUGUUUUUAAAUUUUCAAGUAUAAAUUAAAUAUCCCCCCAAAAAUCAGGGGUCUUACAGUUAUUUGACUAGAACGGCGUACCACGCCCAUAUCAUAAUGUUCUAUUGUGUGCUUUUGAGUAGAAGCAUACGAAGUAUAGAAGUAUACGAAGUAUAGAAGUAUACGAAGCGUUAUCUCAAUUAGAGAUCAGAGAGUAUUCAAUGGUCAGUGGUAGUUGCUGGUGACCUAGUGAUCAUGAAAAGUGGUAUUGACAUAAAAGGUGGGGGGGGGGGCCAGUGUACAAAUUUAAGCUCAAUUGAACACAAGACGUGAUUCAUAAUAGAGUUAAAAAAUUUGAUCCAGAAAAUUAGUCCCAAAAUACACACAGACACAAAGAGACAAAAUAGAACUCUAAAUAAAAGCUUGGAGUAAAAAAAAGUUAUUUUGUAGAAAAGACCUUCAACAUCCUAUCUGUGUUGUAACACCUAUGAGCCACUUCCUCCUACCCUACCUCACAACAAGGAAACUUAAAAAUACAACAUAACAAUGAGGAACCUAUUGACGUUUCAAGGUGGGUGAUUUAGGGGGCAAUAAACCCCAGAAUAGAGAUAGGUGGGGAGGGGGCAAUAAACCCCGGAAUGGAGAUAGGUGGGGAGGGGGACAAUAAACCCCGGAAUGGAGAUAUGUUAUAUUUCUAAUUAAUAAGAGGACGAUUUCAUUAAUGUAUCCCCCGCUCAAACUCAUUAAGAAUAAAACAUUUUUAUCUAUGACUCGGCAAAAAAGUCAAAACCAUGUAAGGGCUUACCGGUAUAGUGGUGUAUUAUUUAUAAACUAUUGAAAAAUUUGAUGUUGUGAAUAGUGACUCGUUGUAACGGGUGGGUAUUUGAAACUGUUUCCUAAUGUGUGAGAUCUCAUGUUUAACAACGCAUCUUUGAUAUCUCUUAGCUGUGUGGGAAUAAAACUGUUCUGGAAGAUAUCUGUGACAACAACGCGGUCAGGCUGGCCUACAAGGCCUUCAAGGCACACGCGCUGGCAAGUGACCCUAUCCUGCCUGGCCUGAAUCUAACUGACGACCAAAUGUUCUUCCUGGGCUUUGGCCAGGUACGGUGAAUGCGAAUGUCCAAUCAUUCGAAUAUUUUCUGAUAGCUUGGCUCUAUCCGGGUACAGAGGGUUCAAAAGUUCAAUCAUGGGAUAAAGUGCUGAUGACUGGGCUUUAUGUGGGUACAUUAGUUCUAAAUGUUCAAUCAUGGGAGCAAGUCUUGAUAACAGGGCUCUAUUUGGGUAUAGUGGGUCCAAAUGUUCAAUCAUUUGUUCAAGUGUUGAUAACUGGGUCCCCAUUGUAGCAUAUUGUUUAUUUCCUUGUGAACACAUAAUAGUGGAACGUUAUAUUGUAAUAUUGACUUAUUAUUGUGGACAGUUAUUUCUCAACAUACUUUUGUUAAAGGCCCUCCGCUAUGACCCACAAGUAUCCCAUCCCCAUAAUGCCAAAAAAAAUCAAGUCUUGCUGUUACAACACGAUUUUAUUGUCUUAAAUUCUUCACUAUGUAACCAAUCCAAAUGCGUGUUGUACUAAAAGGUCAAGGUUGAUGCUUCAGAAAUAAGGUGACCUUACAAUUAGGUCAGAAAAACACGGUGUUGACAAUGAUUCGUCCCCGAUAGAAGUGUUCGGUAAUUUACGUAAGUGACAUUAAGCUAAAUGUAUCUAAAUUAUGAGAAAUAAAUCAUAUCAUUGAUAAAAAUUACGAUGUAAUCGGGUGGUUCUUAGUAUAUGAAUUGACUCGCAUCAUCAGCACUUUCGUUUUUUGCGAGAGUAUACACUUUAAAAUUAGCAGGGCUACCUUCCAAACAAUUUGGAUGGAUUUAAUUAUUUCAUCCAGUGACACAAACUGCUUUUAGAUAAAUCACCUUUUUAUCUAUUUAUAAUUGAACCAUCGUAAUGUUUACCGACGCACAACUCUUGAGCCUUUGAGAGGUGGCUCAUUUAACGCAAAAAGUGGCCUCUGCAUCACUUGACCUUAUGUAAGACACACAGUCACAUGGAGGAAGAGUGGUCCUUCAGUGGAUCCCUGGGGCACGCGGAGUUACCCCAAAAUGAGAGAGCUGAAUAUCUAGCGAGGCAAGGGUCUGCACAGCCACAAACGAAACCGGCCAACGAUCCAACUGGUGGUCAAGCCCAGGUGGAAAGGAUUCUUGCGAAAGGAGUGAUUAAAGAAUUGUAAAAACGGUGAGACAGCACCUAUAACUUUACCGGGAAAAAAGCCACUACCCAACAGCAAAGGUGAUCAAUGAUGGCGAUAAAAGUGGGAGAACCAGAACCUCGUCAAAAGACCCCUCAGCCGACGCCGCGUGCCGAAUACGCCGCCGAAUUUUCGUCCGCCAAAAAUCCGCCGGAAAAUAUGCGCCGCGCCGCAUUAGCCGCCGUAUUUCGUCCGCCGUAAAUCCGCCGAAAAAUGAACGAGUCGCCGUGACGUAAUGUUUUUGCUUUCUUAAAUUUCAUGGUGUUCCGUUUUAAGGUAUCAGGAAUUGAGUGACAUAAACUGACUGAAUGGAAUGCAUUCACGCACUGUAUUAGUAGGACAGCAUAUAAAACUGUUGUUUUUUCUAUUGUUUGAAAUAAUAAAACUUUUUUCUGAAGUAUUGUAAAAGUGUUUUAUUGCUGAAUUUGUAUUACUUCAUUAUUGGCCAGGCUUCAGCCGAAUUUCAGCCGAAUAUUUCGUAAUCAGUCGAAAAUCGACCGCAAAUGUCAAUUUACGGAGAAAUCCGGCUAAUCAGCCAAAAAAUUAUGUCUGCCAGGCUUAAUUUUUUAAAAAAAUCGGCUGGCAGGUCUACUCGUCAUCCAGAUGAGAUCAGGACACUGUCCUACUUGAAGUUACUUGAACACAUUACAUCCUCUUCAGGACCAGAUUCGCCGUCACUGCGGACAGGCGCCUGAGACAGUGGUGCACUUACGAGCCGAGUGCCCAACACUAACGAGUGGAGGGGUUGGGAAGAUGCAGAAGGUCUGAUGUGCGGCAACGCCCAGCAGAUGCAGCAUGCCUAUAGAGACCUGGCCGGGGCCAUUAAAGAGCAGUAGCUCGAUUCCAUAAACAGACUGUAAUAUCGGCAAAAAAUAAAACUAUGUCUGCCACGGUUGCCAUGCAUUACUUAAUAAAAUCAUAUUGGAGCCAAGGUUUUUAUUUCUUCCUUGUUGCUACCACGCUUGCAGCCAGACAAAACCACAGUUUUCACAAAACGACUCCCUUUGAGUUAUUUUUUUUAUAAAACCUUUUGGAGACGAGAGAUUUUUUUUCGUUUGUUUUACUUUUAAUAGCAUUAUCAGUAGCAACGUCAUAGAGUUUUGGGUUUAACGAUUUUUAGUUGCGCGUCAAGCUUAGCCGUCUUGGUCCUUCUUGGGCCACAUACAUAGCCGUCUUGGUCCUUCUUGGGCCACAUACAUAGCCGUCUUGGUCCUUCUUGGGCCACAUACAUAGCCGUCUUGGUCCUUCUUGGGCCACAUACAUAGCCGCCUUGGUCCAUCUUUGGCCGCAUGAAGCCGGCGAGUCGCGGUUUUGAAACCCCUGGGACCGACCUUUAAAAUUAGGACGCAUAAAUGCUAAGCCUUUAACCAUGUUAUUCUAUCAAUUUUGUUUACAGAAAAACUGCCAGAAAAUGGUGGAAAGUUCUGCAAUCUUUCGAUUGGAUUUUGGUAUGGAUAUACACAGCCCUAAUCCAUAUCGGUGAGGGUUUGUAUGCUGAGUGACUACCUAUAAAUACAGUGUAACCAUGGAAUAACGCAAGCUCUUUAGGCUGAAAAAAAAUGGAGCGCUAUUAGCAGGUUCACCUCAGUGUCAUUAAAAUGUGUUCAGCACCGGGAUGAAUAAGCCGUGGAAAACGUCAAUUUAAGGAUCGUUAUUUCCAGGUUUCCUUGUAAAAUAUCAAAUGGUGACAACUCAACAUUUCUUUGUCACAUUUUUUUAUUGUUAUGCUGCACCUGAUCCAGGGCUUCUCAACUUCUCAACAAAUGUAGAGACAUUUUAUAAAUUAUAUUUGUUACGAAAACAAGUUUGUUGAGGCGGUCAUUUUAUUGUCUUUUAAAAUGGUAUCCAAAUAGCUGAUAUAGCCGGAUGGCUUUGGAGAUACAAUGGUAUCCAAAUAGCUGAUAUAGCCGGAUGGCCUUGGAGAUACAAUGGUAUCCAAAUAGCUGAUAUAGCCGGAUGGCCUUGGAGAUACAAUGGUAUCCAAAUAGCUGAUAUAGCCGGAUGGCCUUGGAGAUACAAUGGUAUCCAAAUAGCUGAUAUAGCCGGAUGGCCUUGGAGAUACAAUGGUAUCCAAAUAGCUGAUAUAGCCGGAUGGCCUUGGAGAUACAAUGGUAUCCAAAUAGCUGAUAUAGCCGGAUGGCCUUGGAGAUACAAUGGUAUCCAAAUAGCUGAUAUAGCCGGAUGGCCUUGGAGAUACAAUGGUAUCCAAAUAGCUGAUAUAGCCGGAUGGCCUUGGAGAUACAAUGGUAUCCAAAUAGCUGAUAUAGCCGGAUGGCCUUGGAGAUACAAUGGUAUCCAAAUAGCUGAUAUAGCCGGAUGGCCUUGGAGAUACAAUGGUAUCCAAAUAGCUGAUAUAGCCGGAUGGCCUUGGAGAUACAAUGGUAUCCAAAUAGCUGAUAUAGCCGGAUGGCCUUGGAGAUACAAUGGUAUCCAAAUAGCUGAUAUAGCCGGAUGGCCUUGGAGAUACAAUGGUAUCCAAAUAGCUGAUAUAGCCGGAUGGCCUUGGAGAUACAAUGGUAUCCAAAUAGCUGAUAUAGCCGGAUGGCCUUGGAGAUACAAUGGUAUCCAAAUAGCUGAUAUAGCCGGAUGGCCUUGGAGAUACAAUGGUAUCCAAAUAGCUGAUAUAGCCGGAUGGCCUUGGAGAUACAAUGGUAUCCAAAUAGCUGAUAUAGCCGGAUGGCCUUGGAGAUACAAUGGUAUCCAAAUAGCUGAUAUAGCCGGAUGGCCCUGGAGAUACAAUGGUAUCCAAAUAGCUGAUAUAGCUGGAUGGCCUUGGAGAUACAAUGGUAUCCAAAUAGCUGAUAUAGCCGGAUGGCCUUGGAGAUACAAUGGUAUCCAAAUAGCUGAUAUAGCCGGAUGGCCUUGGAGAUACAAUGGUAUCCAAAUAGCUGAUAUAGCCGGAUGGCCCUGGAGAUACAAUGGUAUCCAAAUAGCUGAUAUAGCUGGAUGGCCUUGGAGAUACAAUGGUAUCCAAAUAGCUGAUAUAGCCGGAUGGCCCUGGAGAUACAAUGGUAUCCAAAUAGCUGAUAUAGCUGGAUGGCCUUGGAGAUACAAUGGUAUCCAAAUAGCUGAUAUAGCCGGAUGGCCCUGGAGAUACAAUGGUAUCCAAAUAGCUGAUAUAGCUGGAUGGCCUUGGAGAUACAAUGGUAUCCAAAUAGCUGAUAUAGCCGGAUGGCCCUGGAGAUACAAUGGUAUCCAAAUAGCUGAUAUAGCUGGAUGGCCUUGGAGAUACAAUGGUAUCCAAAUAGCUGAUAUAGCCGGAUGGCCCUGGAGAUACAAUGGUAUCCAAAUAGCUGAUAUAGCUGGAUGGCCUUGGAGAUACAAUGGUAUCCAAAUAGCUGAUAUAGCCGGAUGGCCUUGGAGAUACAAUGGUAUCCAAAUAGCUGAUAUAGCCGGAUGGCCUUGGAGAUACAAUGGUAUCCAAAUAGCUGAUAUAGCCGGAUGGCCUUGGAGAUACAAUGGUAUCCAAAUAGCUGAUAUAGCCGGAUGGCCCUGGAGAUACAAUGGUAUCCAAAUAGCUGAUAUAGCCGGAUGGCCUUGGCGAUACAAUGGUAUCCAAAUAGCUGAUAUAGCCGGAUGGCCUUGGAGAUGCUUUGACAUUUGAAACAGGCAUGGCACGACAGCCCUGUUCAUAAGGUGUCAUGCAAUUUAUUACUUUAAUAAAGGGGGGGGGUAUAAAACCACUGACAACAUUAUAUUGUUUGAGGAUACUUGUCCAUAAAGUGCAACAGCUAUCAUUUUAAGCGGGCAGCAGAGGCGUAGCUGAGGGGUGGGCAGAGGGGAAGAUGUCCCUGAGCGCCAGACUAGUUAGGAGCGCCAAAAUGUGCCUUGAUUUUAUUUUGUUAAUGACAGUGAUGGGUUUGAGAUUUUAAAAAAGAAAGGGAGGCUUUUUAAAAUGAACCUUGUCCCCAGGGUGCCAAACUCUCUGGUCACGCCUCUGGCGUGCUGUCAACCUUUAAAAAUUAUAUUUUUAAAAAUCUUUUACCAAAAUCAGUUGUUAUUGUCUAUUGGUGGCCAAGUAUUAUAAGGACGUGACAUAUAGUAUAACAAAGUUAGCUUGUUCUGCUAUUUCUUUCACUUAUCCAUGUCUAAAGUUAUCGUAUUCUACUAUUUCUUUCACUCAUCCAUUUCUAAAGUUAUCUUAUUCUACUAUUUCUUUCAUUUAUCCAUUUCUAAAGUUAGCUUAUUCUACUAUUUCUUUCACUUGUCCAUGUCUAAAGUUAUCUUAUUCUACUAUUUCUUUCACUUAUCCAUUUCUAAAGUUAUCUUAUUCUACUAUUUCUUUCAUUUAUCCAUUUCUAAAGUUAUCUUAUUCUACUAUUUCUUUCACUUAUCCAUGUCUAAAGUUAUCUUAUUCUACUAUUUCUUUCACUUAUCCAUUUCUAAAGUUAUCUUAUUCUACUAUUUCUUUCAUUUAUCCAUGUCUAAAGUUAUCUUAUUCUUCUAAUUAUUUCACUUAUCCAUUUCUAAGGUUAUCUUAUUCUACUAUUUCUUUCAUUUAUCCAUGUCUAAAGUUAUCUUAUUCUUCUAUUUUUUUCACUUAUCCAUUUCUAAGGUUAUCUUAUUCUACUAUUUCUUUCACUUAUACAUUUCUAAGGUUAUCUUAUUCUACUAUUUCUUUCACUUAUACAUUUCUAAAGUUAUCUUAUUCUACCAUUUCUUUCACUAAUCCAUUUCUAAAGUAUCAUGCAAGUUAACAUUUCCAUUUUUUUAUCGACUGAGAGAACCAGCGUUAAAUGCUGGAAUUCGAUUGAAAGAAAUCGCCAGCGUCCGAGACCAUGAUAUAGCAUGUAAUUUAUCACUUAUUAUGGGACCUAGCACAUCCUUUAAAUAAAUCAGUGGCCUUUGAUAAGAGUCUAUUCUACAAGCUACCAUUCAAUUUCUCCCUUAUCAAAAUCAUUUAUUCGUGAUAAAAUUUAAAAGUUUGGGUCCAGACUAAUAGUUGCCGUUUCAUUCAUCGCGUGUCCCACCCGGGGUGCUUGACUGAACUCCAGACCAGGAACUUGGGAUUUGCUCAGUCUAGACCAUUCGGCCACCCGGCAUCAUAUUAUUUAUUAUUUAAGAUAAUAAUUAAAAGGUUUUGGAAUAGAUCAGUAGGGUGCCUACGUUUAACUCAAGAAUAGGAGCUCUAUUGAAAGCCAUUCAAUAAAUGUUCAAUGUGACUUGAACAAUAGUAAAUAGAUUGAGAUUCCCGCUCAAAAAGUCUCGGUAAAUAUUUGGUCAAAAGUAUCCUUUAAAAAAGAUUGGCUGGGAGGCUUUCUUUAUCCUUUUCAUACAUUUUCUAGGUAAUAUUUAAAAAUUGUAAAUCACGGAACGUUAAAAAUUACAAUAAUAUUAGAGUAUGGGGCCACCGUAGCAAACAUGAGUCACAAAAAAAAAUUGACAUAGUCUAUGUCAUUUCUAGUAUAACAUAGAACAUCUGCCUAUCUUAUUUCUAGUAUAUCAUAGAACAAAUACCCAGUGGCGUAGCUAGGGUCAUCUGCGCCCGGGGACAUGACACAAAAUCUGCGCCCCUUCUAGGACCGACAGAGUCUGGGGGCUCAGUUUGAGCCCCCAAGGAAAUGUUGAAAUUUUACAGUUUAUAUGGUUCAUUUUCGAAGUAUCUGGUAUUUUAAUGAAAUAGAAUACAGACUAAUAAUUCUCUAUACGAUUGUAAACAAUUUAUUUGAAAAUAUAUAUAUAUACACUACUGAUUAUACAUGACUGGAAUAGACAUAGUCUACAACAAAUUGAUACUCCUUGAUUUGACUGUCGCAAACUCGUCUAUCACUUUGUCAAAAUUAAUGUUCUCAAGUGUUUCUCUUUCGAUGCUAAGAAGUGCAAGAUCACUCAGACGAUCUUGUCCCAUUGAAGCCCGUAAAUAAGACAAAAUAAGCUUCAGUUUGCUGAAGGACCGCUCACAGCUUGUAAUUGAAGCAAUUUGCAGUGAAAUGCGCAGAUUCGGAAAUACGCCAUCUCCAUAUGAAGCAAUAAAACCAAGAAGAUCCAAAAGAGUUUCCGGUAGAGCUUCAGUUCCGGUACUGAGCAGCAUUUUGCAGUCUCCGAUUUCUGUGCACAAUGCGCGACCAUUGACGUCAGUGUCGUAGAAAUUUCCAAAAUCAAAGCAAUUUUGACGAAGUGUAUCGACAUUUGUCUCAGCGAGAAGAGUUUUGACGUCUAGUAAAAAUCCAAAUUUGGUGUUUAGCUUUUUUAGACGUAAAAACCGUAUUGAUAUCUCCAGUUGGAGUCUAUCAAUUACGCUGUUCAUAAAACGUGCAAUUUCUUCUUCUGCCGAAAAUCAUGCAUCUCUUGCUAAUUCUCCAGGCAUCCUCCGAUGUCAUCUAAUCCUUCUGAAAACCUCAAUUGCCCAGGUUGUGCAUCUUGUUUUUCCAUUGUCUACCACAAACUGGCUCAAAUUAUCACGAAUGUUGACAAGUUCUUGCUUCAGUGAUUCAAGAUCAGAUGCUGCUUCCUUGAAAUUCAUAAUAGGAUCCUGAAAUCGUUUCUGGACAUUAUCAAUUUACGAAGUAUGAUGUUCCAGAAAUGUAACAAAACUAGGAAGAUACAGUUUAAUAUACCGGCCAGCAAAGUUUCUGUAUCACCUCUGGUUUCAGGCAUCAUAGUUGCAUCUUUUGAUAAUUGUUCCAACAGCCCUACUAGUUCAUCUAGUCCUUCAUAAAUAGCUUUAACAGCUUCUGAUCGUGCACUCCAGCGUGUUUCAGACUCCCUCUUCACUUUGAUUGGCACAACUCUUUUUUAAUUCUUCCCAACGAGUUGUUGAACAAGAGAAAAACAAAUAUAUACUUGUUCCAAAAAUGUGAUAACAACUGGAUCCUGUUUAGCUGAGUGUACUCCUGCUAAGUUUAAGCUGUGGUUUUCACAGUUGACAAACAAUGCUCUGUGAUUUUUGGCACAUAUUCGCUGUUGAAGGCAGGAUAUAUGCACAGUCAUUACAGCAGCAUUGUCAUAACAUUGUCACCGGCAGUCGGCUAGAGGUAUGUUAUCAAAUUCCAGUUUCUCUACGAUAACUCUUUCAAGGCUUGCUGCGUCUUUGGCAUGGAUCUGAACAAAACCUAAAAAUGAUUCUUUGAUGGCUACUUUUUUAGGUUGAAAAUCCACAUCCCCAAAUCUGAUGACUUGAGAAAGCUGUUCCCUGUGUCCUAGAUCGGGUGUUGAGUCAAGAAAGAUACCGUAGUAAUUGUUUUUUUCUGAUUUCACUCAAUAGCUGAUUCCUUACAGUCGAUGCACGUAGGUGGAUAAAUUCAUUUUGGAUUUCCGGUGAUAUAUAAGAUACUGAACCUGGAUUUUCUCGGGCUUGUUGUAGGUUUUUUCUAACAGGGGAUCAUACUGAGCAACGAGUUUGAUCACAGAGAGAAAUUUUCCAACAUUUUAUACUGUUUUAUACUGGUGGAAGUGAGAGAAAGCUACAGACUAUAUUAAACGAGACGAAUACUUGUUAUCUAUCUUUCUCUUUUCAACUUAUGUGAAGUAUUAUUCUAUCUUCCUUGCACUCACGUAAAAUCCUAUAUUCGACUCGAAAUUAUCCAACCUGUAUAAUUAAUUGUUAAAACCAGAUGUCACUUUCAGUAUAUGAAAAAUAAUAUUUGAACCCGAACUGAUCUUUGUUUUUCAAAAAAACGCCAUCAGCAAUCCUACAUUGUGGAUGUGUCAUUUGUUUAUGAGUAGAAUGGCGCCCCUUAAUGCUCAAUGGGGGCGCACAAAUCAUGCUUGCCAACUGGUUUGUAAUGAAGAUAUAAUUGUGGAGCUCCAAAAUUCUAUCUUGCAAACGUAUUUGGGAUACAUUAGUUUACAUCAAAAUAAAAUCAAAUAAUUAGUUUUAAUAAUCAUUUUGGCGCCCCCUAAGGUGGCGCCCGGGGACACAUGUCCCCCGCCCCCCCCCUAGCUACGCCACUGCAAAUGCCGAUGUUAUUUAUGUCAUUUAAACAAAUAAAUUUCUCUUGUCAUGGAAUAGGUUUAGUAAACGUAUAUUUCUCUUGUUAUGGAAUAGGUUUAGUAAACAUAUAAUUUCUCUUGUCAUGGAAUAUGUUUAGCAAACGUAUAAUUUCUCUUGUUUUUGGAAUAGGAUCAGCGAACAUAUAAUUUCUCUUUCUUGGAAUUGGUUCUGUAAACAUAUUGGUAUAAUUUAUCUUGUUACUCUUAUUUCCAGGGUGAAUAUGACGCUCUCAAACUACCCAGAAUUCGCCAAGGCAUUCAACUGUCCUCUUGGCUCGCCCAUGAACCCGGUGAAAAAAUGUGCCGUCUGGGAAUGAGGAAUGAGAACCCUCUCCAGCGAGAUAUUGUAACACACGUGUACAGC